AUGGCAGGAAAUAAAGAUCGUCUGGUUGUCCGACAGCCCAGAAAGGUACAGCAAUCGGACAGGAAGCGUGGCAACUGGAAAUUGGACAGCCUGACAAUCGGACGGCGAGACGAUUGGACAGUCAUGAGAUCACACGGUCUAUCUGUAGCAGUGGAGGCAGUCGUUUUGGUCGUCAGACAAAGAGGUCUCAAAAUGUCUGGAGAUCUAGCCCUCGAAUGGCUCGUCUCCGAGCUAUCGCUGAUUGCUGCUGUAGACGAAUGGGGUUAUAUCUGUACCGGUUUCGUCAUUAUGGACAGGCAUUCUCGUUCAUUCUCCCACCUUUAUAAAGCACCCGGAAGCACACUUCUUCCAUUCUCGCGGUGUGUGAUGGCAAAGAAUCCCCAUGUUGAUGGAUCUACACCAAAGGCUCCCUCGGGGACUCGGCUCUGGCGGAGGAGAGGAUGGGUUCCCGUUCUCUUGUGCCUCCUUGCCGGCGUAGCGCUGGCUUUGCUCGAGGCACACCCAAGUCUCGGACAACUCACGAAGAUGGAUCGAGUCCUCAGUCUGCUGGAGGCGGCCCGAGUAUUCGAGGCGCGCUGUACACGGCUGCAAACCAGCCUCAUGAUCCACUGGAAUCCCUACCACGCGGUGGAGGUGAAUCCGGCCUCGUCCACCUCGGCGUCGUCAGAAGAGGGGGAUGGAGAUAACGGCUUCGAGAUUCGGCUCCGACGAGCCAGUGACGGCGCCAUGGUGGACGGUUGGUACGAGCCGGGCCGAGUUUACAUGCUCGAGGUGACCAAUCGGUACCAGCUGGUUGGAUUCCAGGACCUUGUACUGUGGUUGGCCCCAGCGCCACACCGCCAGGCAAGCAAGAUGGGUGGCUCCAUGAUGGCGUCUAUGGAGACCAUGCCCGGCGCAGACGGAGUCCUGCAUGGGAUGUCGGCACUCGAACCCAAGGACAUAAUGGGCGCGAUGAAGGAGAUGAAGAUGAGGGGAAUCAACAAGGUAGGAUCCUGCCACAACCCUCGCUUAUCGUCAAGCAUUACUCUCACAUGUCCUAAUUUGGGCACUCAUUCCUCUCGCCUUGAUCCUAUGAUCAGGAACAAAAAAGUGAUCGAAAACUAA